UCGCCUUCACGCCUUAACUUCCAACACCUCCAGCUCAAAAAUCGAAUGUAGAACAGGGGAAGCGAUGUUACGACAUCCAGUGUGGGGAGCCAUCUGCUUGCUCGCCGUCUUGCUGGUCCUGUGCACAGACAAGCUCUGCACGGACGCCAGGCCGUCCGCCUACGCGCUCCUGGUCGACGACGACGACGAGGACGACGGCGACGGCUCCGGCUCGUCGUCUUUCUCCUUCUCCUCCCCGCACGAGACGCCGGACGAACUGGCAUUCGGGUUCUACGACGGGACAUGCCCCAGCGCCGAGGCGAUCGUCGCGUCCACCGUGCGGGAGCUCUUCGCGGCCGACGCCAACGUCGCCGCCGCGCUCGUCCGCCUCUUCUUUCACGACUGCUUCGUCCACGUAAGUACGAACCGAACUCCGUGUUCUGCAGAUCAAGAUAUCUCUUCUGCCUGCACGCGCGCGCUCACGUACGCACACGGCAAGACGCUGUGCUCUGUUUUCUUUUCGUCCCUGGACGCGCCGUUGCAGGGCUGCGACGCCUCGGUGCUCCUGGACCGGAUCGGCGGCGGCAAGUCGGAGAGGGACGCCGCCCCGAACCGCUCGCUGCGAGGCUUCGGCGCCGUCGACAAAAUUAAGGCGAGACUGGAGAAGCAGUGCCCGGGGACCGUCUCCUGCGCCGACAUCCUGGCGCUGGCCGCGCGGGACAGCCUCGUACUGGUGGGCGGGCCGACCUACCCAGUGCUCACCGGCCGCCGAGACAGCGCCGGGAGCUUCUACGACGACGUGAACAUCCCGGCGCCGAACGCCACCUACGCCAUGACGCUCAGCGCGUUCGCCCGCCGCGGCUUCACCGAGCGCGAGACCGUCGCGCUCUUAGGAGCACAUAGCAUCGGGAAGGUGCAGUGCAGAUUCUUCAGGGACAGGAUCUACAACUUCGCCGGGACCGGCGAGCCGGACGACUCCCUGGACGCGGACAUGGUCGGCGAGAUGCGGGCCGUGUGCAGCGGAGACGGCGCGGCGCCGAUGGAGAUGGGGUACUACCGGCAGGGCCGGGAAGUGGGGUUCGGCGCGCACUACUACGCGAAGCUCCUCGCGGGGCGGGGCAUCCUGCGCUCGGACCAGCAGCUCACGGCGGGGAGCACCGUGCGGUGGGUGCGCGCGUACGCGGCCGGGCAUCGCGGCGAGGAGGCUUUCCGCGAGGACUUCGCGCACGCCAUGGUUAAGCUGUCCGCGCUUGCGCCGCUCAAAGGGUCGGCCGGGCAGGUCCGGGUCAGCUGCUCCAAGUCCGUUGAGUAGGAGCCGUGAGGGCUUUUUGUCAGCGCCGGGGAUUCUAACUCGGUCUGAGAUUGGAUCACAUACGAAUUGUAGCAAGGUUUACGGUGGUUCAUAGGAUUCUCGCCGGCGAGCUCAUCUCCUAGCUAGGUCUCUCACGGUCUCACUCUCACCUACUCCUUUGCCACACACUUCUGUCAGGGUGUUGAACGUGACAUAUGUGUAUUAAUCUUUCUAUAGUCUCUAGCCUAGUUGACUUCUAGAAAUACGAUAGAAUUAGUUGGCUUGUCACGCAGAACAUAUCGUGUAUAUAUUGUGAACAACUCUCAGGAAUACAAUUGAGUUGCAUCUCA